AUGGAGAAAUCUGGUCCGAUGCUGGCCUCUAUUCCCAAUCGCACAGGGGCCAACCUCACAACUGGCCUAUGGGGACCCAACCCCACAGUCCCCGCAGAGGUGGGAGUGGUCACCAGCUCCCAGUCUCAGAUCAAAGAUCUGAUUGGGCUGUUUGCAAUGGUUACCCUUAAUCUCAUCGCCCUAUUGGCCAACACUGGAGUCAUGGUGGCCAUCGCCCGCGCCCCUCACCUGAAGAGGUUUGCCUUUGUGUGCCACCUGUGUGCAGUGGACCUGCUGUGUGCCAUCCUCCUCAUGCCCCUGGGCAUCAUCUCUAACUCACCCUUCUUUGGCACUGUGGUGUUCACCGUGUUGGAAUGCCAGGUUUACAUCUUUCUCAACGUGUUCCUCAUCUGUGCCUCCAUCCUCACCAUCACCGCCAUCAGUGUGGAGCGCUACUACUACAUCGUCCAUCCCAUGCGCUAUGAGGUGAAGAUGAGCAUCAAUCUAGCCAUCGGCAUAAUGCUCCUCAUAUGGGUCAAGUCCAUCCUUCUGGCCCUGGUCACCCUGUUUGGUUGGCCUGCCUACGGGGCCCACAGCUCCAUCUCUGCCAACCACUGCUCCCUCCACUGGAGCCACAGUCGGUUGAGGAAGGUGUUCGCCGUGCUCUUCAGCGUGGUGUGUUUCCUGUUACCUGCCAUUGUCAUCUUUGCUGUCUACUGUAACGUGUACAAGGUGGCGCGCUCGGCUGCCCUGCAGCACGCUCCCGCAACAACCACCUGGGCCUCGUCCAACCCAGCCAAACGUGCCAACCGUUCUGACUCCAUCAACAGCCAGACCACCAUCAUCACCGCCACACGCAGCCUGCCCCAGAGACUGUCCCCUGAGAGGGCAUUCAGCGGGGGUAAGGCUGCCCUCACCCUGGUGGUCAUUGUGAGCCAGUUCCUGCUCUGCUGGCUGCCUUACUUCUCCUUCCACCUGCACUUGUCCUUCAGAUCGUCCCUGCAGAGUCCCGGGGACGUGGAGGAGGCCGUCACCUGGCUGGCCUACUCCUCCUUUGCUGUCAACCCUUUCUUUUAUGGCCUUCUCAACAGACAGAUCAGGGAGGAGUUGGUCAAGUUCCGGCGCUGCUGCUCCUCCGGGCCGGUGGAGCUGGUGGCCUCCAGCCAUGAGGGCUCCUUUCAGGAGAACUUCCUCCAGUUCAUUCAGAGAACCAGCAGCACGGCUGACAAGCGCUCCAGCUGCACCACCUCCAGCCCCAGGAACACUCUGGACCAGGGGAUCAGAAUACCUGGCCAGAUACCAGAGGAGCAUGGCUAAACAGAGGACAGUGGAUAGCACACUUCAAUUUGGACUGUUAAUAUGACAGCCAUCGG